UGUUUUCAUGUUGAAUGUUUAGUUUCUAGCAUUUUCCUAGUUCCUAAUUCCAAAUUACGCUAAACAGAUAUACCAUAGAAUAUAUUACAUUGCAUUGAUAGGUUGCUAACUUGGUAAUUAAUCAGGUUAACUUGUAAAUUUCCAAUACACCGAGGUUAUUAUAAAAACUUUAAUCAUGACCGUUGAUGAGGGAAUCGAUAUUACUGUAAAUAAGGAUCGUGGUGUUUUAAAGAGAAUUAUCAAAGAAGGCGAGGGCACGAAUACGCCUCAUAAAGGUAGCGAGGUUACCGUACAUUAUACUGGAACCCUCUUAGAUGGUUCCAAAUUUGAUUCAAGCAAAGACCGCAACGAACCAUUCUCUUUUACACUAGGAAAAGGAAGAGUUAUUAGAGGAUGGGAUAUUGGAGUAGCUACUAUGAAGAAGGGUGAAGUUUGCGUACUUACUUGUGCGCCAGAAUAUGCUUAUGGAGCAAAUGGCAGUCCCCCAAAAAUACCACCAAAUUCAACAUUACAAUUUGAGGUUGAAAUGAUUGAUUGGGAAUUGGAUGACCUCAGCCCUGGAAAAACUAAGGACAUUCUUCGAGAAAACAUAGAGGCUGGUGAAGCAGGUUCCGAGAGUCCUAAAACAGAUGCAGUGGUGACAGUGGAGUUGGAAGGACGACUUCAAGACGGCAAAGUGUUUGACAAUAGAACAGUGACAUUCACGCUCGGCGAAGGCAGCGAGGCGAAUAUCUGCGAGGGAAUCGAAAAAGCCUUGCUCAAAUUCACCAAAGGCGAGAAGUCCAAGUUGAUAAUACAACCAAAAUUCGCGUUCAAAAGUGAUGGAGACUCUAAAUUGGGCGUCUCGUCUGACGCAAUCGUCGAAUAUGUGGUGAAGUUGGUCAGUUUCGAGAAUGCUAAAGAAGCAUGGUCCAUGGAACCUGAGGAGAAAUUGGAACAGGCAAGGAUAGCAAAAGAUAGAGGUACAGAGUUUUUCAAAGCGGGUAAAUACGAGCUGGCUAUUAACAAGUACAAGCGAGUGGUGAAUUUAAUUAAAGAUGAAAAUUCGGAAGAGCAACCCGAAAUUAAAGAUCUGCUGCUAAAAGCAUACCUGAACUUAGCACUGGUGUAUUCUAAAGUGGAUCCGCCACAACUCUACCAUGCAGUGACCAAUGCCAGUAAUGCACUUGAAUUGGACCCUAAUAAUGUGAAGGGGUUGUUCAGGAGAGGACAAGCCUUGCUGCAAAAGGGGGACGCUGGAGAGGCGAUGGCUGACUUCCAGAAAGUAGUAGAAAUUGAGCCCGGGAAUAAGGCGGCCGCGAACCACAUAAUAAUGUGUCGCAACGCGAUACGCAAUCAACAGCAACUGGAGAAACAGCUGUAUAGAAACAUGUUUGAAAAGUUCGCCAACGUUGAUAAACAGAUGGAAAAGUUAAGAGCGCAAGAGCAAGUUGACGUCAUCGGGGAGAAGGUUGGUGAGUGGGGAAAAGGAGAGGGAGAGUGGACAGACGAGCAGAGGGACAGGAAGCCGACAGAGUUUGAGAAAGAGAACCCCAAUAUAUUGCUCCUGGACAAGGAUGGACGGUUCGAAAAUAUGUAAGGCCGUGUUCACCUGCCACGAUGUUUUUAUUAAAAAAUGUGAUUUUAAUUUGUAAUAUUCUGGCAUAUAGUUUCUAUGAAAUAAAUUCGCAAGCAUACCAAAAACUUAUGUGCCUUUUAAGUGCCAGUAGGAAUUAAUUUAUUAUUUUUAACCUGCAUUGUGCAUGAACCACUAAACUGCAUAUGAAGUCCUGGUACAUGUUGCUAGGAUGACACAAUAUGAUUUCAACCGCUAUCAAAGACAUUACUAUAACCGCCACCAUAUUUAUGUUCUCCUGUAAAAACAAAGUUACAAUUACACGCGUUUUAAUCAAUCAAAAAGUGUUUUAUUUAAUUUUUUUUUUACUUUUUUAAAGGAUUUUUUCGAUACGUUCACGUUAAACCUUGCUAUUAUCGAUUUGCGUAAUAUUUUAUGCUCCUCUAAAUAAACACCAUCUUGUGAAACGGUUUCACCAAGAUACCAGUUAUGGUAUCUUUUGUUUUAAGAAUAUGCACGAUUAUUCACAAUAUUGAAUAUUAUUUUAUCAACUUAGUUUAUUUCUACAAUAAGUUCGCUAAGCAUUAAACUAAAUUACUUUGAGAACAUUAUUUUAGUCUUGCGAUAAAUCAAAUUUCCGAAAUUAUUGUAAUACUUAGGGUAUCCAUGUGUAAAUUUAUAAAUGCAUUCUCUUUUGUUUUUCUACUUAAAUAAUAGAUAGUUCAAAGUUUAGUCAAUUCUAAAAUUAUGAGAUAUUUCAGUUUCUUAUAUAUCUGAUAAAUUACAAUGCACAUUUUAAUGUGAACAUACCUUUAUGCUUGUUUUACACCCACAUGAUAAAUACAAUUUUAUUUUUGUUUAAGUAGGUAAUACUAGAUAUUAAAAAUUCCGCCGGAAAAUCGGCGAAUUUUGUUAUAAUUUUAUAUUAUUUCAUUCCACAAAAAAGACCUAUUAUUAACUAGCUACCUUAUUAUUAGUAUAAUGCGAGCACUAAAUGAGUUUAGUUAAAUUUUACAAUUGCAUGUUAGAAUAAAUUGUAUAAUAUGAUUUGACACAAAACUUAACCAAAAGGUCAGUUAAUUGUUGGUCUUCAGUGUGAAGUUGAUUUGUCACAACUUUAGUAAAUCAUGGUUUUAUGUAGUUAUUGUUAGUAGGAUUAUUAAGUUCUUUUCAGACUAUGCUAUACUAUAAUAGUAUAUAUCAUAAUAUAGUUCAUAGCAAAACUAUAUCUCGCACCAUACUCCAUAAGUCCACGGUAUCAUAUUUCACUUUUUACGCAACCAACAGGACCAAUCUCGGUCAUCAUUCCCUAAUAGUCCGAUUAUGUUGACUAUACAAUGGAUUUAUUAGUAUAGAUAAGACCAUCGAUCAAUUCAGCGAUAAUAUAACUUUAAAGAUAAAUUAAUUAAAACACUCGAUUCUGCAGCGGUAGAUGUCACAUAGAUAUUAAGAUUGUGGAUAUUUUUUUAUUCUUGUAUUUUUAUUUCAUAAAUAUCUUGCAUUAUAUAAAUUAUUUUAAUUUGUACGACUUGUAUUUUGUACAUGCUGUAAUUGCAUAUAAAUAUGAAAUUACAUGUUAAUAUAUCACUGUUGGAAGUUCAUAAAUAAAUAAAUACAUUAUUAUGGACACGUUCACACUUCACUGUACGAUAUAUUGUUGGUUUACGCAAUAAAAUUGAUCGAGUGCUGAGUUCAUGCUGUAUAUCGUGAGCCGCCCUCUUCCAUCUUCAAUGAAUUUCAAAAAUCAGCACGUUCUCCUUUGAACUUUAUAUCAUUUAAUAUCCACGCUCUGUCGUUUUUCUUCUUUCGUAAUGACAAGAUAGCGUCAAAUUAUCUUAUCCAGUAUUAAAUCCAAUGUGUCGAUCGUGUGCACACUCUUCAAAGAUGGCGGUCAACUGAGCUUGCCAUAUACUAUAAAUAAUUGCGAUUAUAUCUUGUAAUGUGAACGCCAUUUGCUACACUAUAUAUCAAAAUAGUAUAGCGUAGUCUGAAAAGAUCUUUAUGUGUAUUGUAAAGGCGUUGGUUUGUGCACUGUACGUACGUACGGAGUUAGAAUCUGUUCUGUUUCUUGGUAAUGGGAAGUACGAAUAAAAUAUUACAAUUA